UGCCUCCUUCAUCCCCGGAUCAGGACCUCUGCCAUCCAGCACCACAAAGAGACAUUCUGCACACACGCGCUCGGACGCGCACACCCACACCCACACUUGCUCAGAGACAGACUUAAGGUGAGGAGGGCCCGUGGCUUCACUUCUUCUCCAGCUCCCAACUAAGCGGGACUCCGAACCUCUGAACUGGAUUUCAGGACAAGUGAAGAAGAGUCAGGGCUCCGAGGAUGAAGCGUCUACUUUUCCUGGUGCUGAUUUCAGUCUGUUGGGCUGACCACCUUUCAGACAGCUACACUCCGGAUCAAGACAGAGUCAUUCACAUCCAAGCGGAAAAUGGCCCCCGUCUACUCGUGGAAGCGGAACAAGCCAAGGUCUUCUCGCACAGAGGUGGCAAUGUGACACUGCCAUGUAAAUUUUAUCGAGACCCUACAGCGUUUGGCUCAGGAAUCCACAAAAUCCGCAUUAAGUGGACCAAGCUCACUUCAGAUUACCUCAGGGAAGUGGAUGUCUUUGUUUCCAUGGGCUAUCACAAGAAGACUUAUGGAGGCUACCAAGGUCGGGUGUUCCUGAAGGGAGGCAGUGACAAUGACGCCUCCCUGGUCAUCACAGAUCUCACCCUGGAGGAUUACGGACGAUACAAGUGUGAGGUGAUUGAGGGACUAGAAGAUGAUACAGCUGUGGUAGCAUUAGAGUUGCAAGGUGUAGUGUUCCCCUACUUUCCCCGGCUGGGCCGCUACAACCUGAACUUUCACGAGGCGCGGCAGGCUUGUCUGGACCAGGACGCGGUGAUCGCUUCCUUCGAGCAGCUGUACGACGCCUGGCGGGGCGGCCUGGACUGGUGCAACGCUGGCUGGCUCAGCGACGGGUCUGUGCAGUACCCUAUCACCAAGCCGCGAGAGCCCUGCGGGGGCCGAAACACGGUGCCUGGCGUGAGGAACUACGGGUUUUGGGACAAAGAUAAAAGCAGAUAUGAUGUUUUCUGCUUUACAUCCAACUUCAACGGCCGAUUUUACUACUUGAUCCAUCCCACCAAGCUCACCUACGACGAGGCUGUGCAAGCUUGCCUCAAUGACGGUGCUCAGAUCGCAAAAGUGGGCCAGAUCUUUGCUGCCUGGAAGCUUUUGGGCUAUGACCGGUGCGAUGCCGGCUGGCUGGCAGAUGGCAGUGUCCGCUACCCUAUUUCUAGGCCAAGAAGGCGCUGCAGUCCUACUGAGGCCGCUGUGCGCUUUGUGGGUUUCCCGGAUAAAAAGCAUAAGCUGUAUGGGGUCUACUGUUUCAGAGCAUACAACUGAGCGCGCCCUAGAAAGAGUCAGUUCUCCUGUCGUAGGGAACACGUGAAAGGUUUUUUUGUUUUGUUUUGUUUUUAUUAUGAACUCAUGCAAAUUACCAAAACUGUGAUAACCCUUUUUCACUUACUGUAAAGAGUCAUUUUCAUAAAGGCCAAUUCAUUCGUUUGUUUUGUAAAGCUAUCAGUCAAAAUAUGUUAUAAAUUAAUGUAUAUAAGGGAAGCUACAAACAAACAAACAAAAACACGAGCCAACUGGUUUAUGCUGUCAUCCCAACAAGAUGCCAUUUCAUGAGUGGGGCAUGCAGUGGGCCGAGAACCGCCAGGGCUGUGUCAGGGAAGGUAGCAUAACUUGCCGCGGCAACUUCCACAAGCACAAAUUUUACAUAUUUCUACAAUUUUGAAAUGCACUUCACUAAACAAAUUAAAACAACAUAUUUGAAAUACAGGCUUCUUUACAUAAACCAGGAUUCUGGGAGGUGCAAAAAAUCUCAGUUUCACAAGGGAACAAUGGACACUUUUUCUAAAAGUUAGUACUUCAAGUGUCCAGUAUACAGAAUAGUUUAUUCUAUAAAAUUCUACCCUUUUGACCAAAAAGAAAACCAUAGAGUCAGAUGCAUAAUAAUUAAACCACAGUUAGAACUCCUAGUUCAACCCAUUUAUAUGAAGUAUAGAUUUAAAUAUACAGAUAAUAUCUUACCAAUGAGAGUCCUACCUUCUAAUUAAAAUUAUCUAUCUGAAAAGAACUGUUUUAUUAUUUUUGAGUAGCUUUACUGAAUCAUAUUUAAAUUCUAAGAACUUUGCUAAGCAGUAUUUAGAAUCUACUCAGGGCAGUUAAAAUGAUAAACUGCUGGACAGAAAACAUAUAAAAUGUAGCAACUUGAUUUUAUGUUAGCUUAUGAAACCUUAUUGUCCUAUAAAAUAAGUUUAACCUAUUUAAUAUUUCUUUCUUAUUUACAUUACAUGACAAAAACCAAGUGAAUGAAUAACUCUACACUUGCCUAAAUAAGAAAACAAGACUCAACUUCCAAAAUUGUUCUUGUUUGUAUAUACAACAGAGAGCCCAAAUAGGACCUAUAUUUAGGAAAAGAAAGCAAAAAAAAAUAACAAAAUACAGUUCUAAAUAGUCUCUCAAAUAGAAACUACCAUCACUGUCAGUUUCCUUUCUGGUUAACAUUUGGCAAUAAUAAAAUACUGACAUUCUCAUAGUGGACUUUUCAUCUUCAGGCUUUAAGUGAAAAGUUCAGGUUCAGAAAAAUGACUUCCAAUAUGAGCAACUCCAAACUUACAUAAAGCUUUCUUUUUGUGACUGCUGAGACCCCAACGGGACCAAUAUUUGUAUUCAAGUAAUAUUUCUGGUUUCCCAUUGUUUUACAGUGAAAUCUGUUGCGUGGGCCUUAGUAUAAUAAUUCAAGUACAACAUAGCUGGUGUGCUGUCGAAGUUUUUAUGUAGAUUUUCAUCCAUGAACAUGAGUAAAUAAAUCUGUUUCCUGAAUUGACCAUGGUUUCAUUUAAAGCUCUGUAAUAACUGUAAUAAAUUUGCUCUAUGAAUACAGUUACCUGUGUUGCAAACAGAGCAGUUGGAAGUUCAUGAUACUGCAACUAUCAUGAUACAUUAUUUAGAUAAAUUAUUGUAAAAAAUAGAUCCUUUCUUUCAGAUGUUUUAGUCUUAAAACAUGAUGAUGCAUGCAGUUGUAAGUUAAGAGGUGCAAA